AGCCACUUCGGCCCAGUAUCACACCCAAGCGCAGGCCCCCGCCGCGUCGCAGGCGCCCCCCCACCUCCGAAAGGGGCGCGCCAGCCCGCGUGUCAAUACCAUGUCCAUGAGCACCUACGGCGCCGCCGGGCAGGAGUGCAGGAAGAGCGCGGAGAAGGGCAAGGCCCGCAAGGCGAUGCCCGCGGCGCCCAUCUUCCUGGAGAACCCGGACGGCACGAUCACCGAGGCCAUCCCCUCCAGCUCCAAGGAGGCCCGGCCCAAAGCGGACCGUCGAUCCCUGGAGAGGGGCUCCGAUGGCGACAGCGACGGGAGCGCCAGCCAGCGCGCGGAGGACCGCGCCGCCGUGGACUUCCUGUACAUCCGGCACGAGAGGGUGAUGCUGCUCCUCCUCGUGACCUCGCUGCUUCUCGAGGUGCUGUACAACGUCGUCUACGUGAUGCGGAUGCUGGAUGGCUCUUCCGUGGCCGAGCUGGUGGCGAUGUACGGUUUCCGCAUCUCGACGCGCUCCGCCGAGGUCCUCUUCUGGGUCGUGUUCGCCCUGCAGCUCGUCUUCAGCCUGCUGUACUACGCGGCGGCAGGCGCGGCGGUCUGGACCAAGCAUCCGCGGCAGUACCGCACGUUCGCCAACUGCGCCCUGGUCAGCAUCGUCGUGCUGCUGCUGCUGGCGUACGUCGACAAGUUCAACCUGAUCAUCUUCUUCCUGCACCUGCUCAGCUACAUCUACGCCGGGUUCAUGCAGGGGCUGUCGGCCAACCUCCUGCUGCUGCCACAGGAUGCGGUCUGACGCGCCCGGCCUCUCUCUCUCUCUGUCUCCCCCCGCGACGGGCGGGCCGCCCCUCGGUGCACGAGCCCUCGUCGAUGCGGCGUCGGAGAAGGCAGCUCCGAACAAGUCCUCUGCGCGAUGCGCUUACCGCUCCGCGCAGGCGUCCGAGCCGCUCAGAGUGGGGAGUUCGCGACCUAAUGGAUCGCGUACUGCUUGUUUGGUCUUGGACAGUGACACCCUGUCGGGCUGCACCUUCUAUAUCGCUGCAUAUUCAGCUCGUCGCGCAGAUUCUCACCCCUUUCGGUUCGUGUGAUCACCCGCGUUUGUGCUGCGCAGUACUUCUGGUAACAGUGCAACGCCGUGGAUCAAUGCGGACCCUCCAAACCGACUGUCUGACGAGAUUACUUACCA